AUGGCUGCAUUGAGAGCGUCCUACCACAGGAUUCUGGACCGGAUCGAGCAUAUGCUGCCCGCCAAACUGAGACCGCUGUACAACCACCCGGCAGGUCCCAAAACCGUGUUCUUCUGGGCUCCGAUGUUCAAAUGGGGCCUGGUUGCAGCAGGUUUGGCUGACAUGACGCGACCAGCGGAAAAACUGAGUACCUCCCAGUCUGCGGUACUGACGGCAACCGGCCUUAUCUGGUCCAGAUAUUCGCUGGUCAUUGUCCCAAAGAACUGGAACCUGUUUGCUGUCAACUUCUUUUUGGGAUGCGCUGGAGGCUCACAGCUCUACAGGAUUUGGAGAUACAAUCAGGAUCAAAAGGCUCAGGGAGCAAUACAAUCCUGA